UUGGAGGCUUAGAAACAUCUCUCUCUCUCUCUCUCUCUCUCUCUCUCUCUCUAUCUCUUCGCCUGAACAUUACGUGCUCUGCUCCGACCACCGCCCGUCGUUCCAUCUUCCCGGAAGCUGCAUCGCCGCCGCCCCCAACCCGCGAGGCCGACCGCUUCGAAUCGGCAACCGGGGAGCCCCCGUUUCGCCAUGGGAUCCGCCGCCCGCGGAAGCGGAGGGGCCCUUCUCCGAGGCCUCUGUAGGGCAACCACGCGCCGGAGCUCGGUCCACGCGAGCUCCAGCUUCGACGGAUCCUUCCUCGGAGAGCGGAUUCACCAAGCGAAGCAAGACAUGUCUCGGUUAUUGUCAAUGUCAUUGAUGAAGCGUAUGAGUCCGUUUUUUGCUGGCCGAAUUCGAGAGAACCAUAGGCUUUUGAGCUCUUCCUUUGCUUCUGCACUUCAUGAAGUUUCUUCCUCUCCAUCACCAUCUGUGGACGAUGUACAUAUGACAGAUGCUUGCAUCCUGGGCGUGAAUCUGAUUGACUUCCAGAUGUGCCUGAAAGAAUGAAAACACUUGUGAUCUCUGUGUUGUAGCAAUUUAAGGUCAUAAUGUCAACUUUAGUGUGAUGUUCCUGAUUUUGUACAAAUGGAUAUAAGAGAGAUGGACCAUGCAACCUUACUUUUCUUCUACUACUUGAGCUAAGUUCUCCACAGCAAAUAUGGUAGCAAUAUUGUUUUAUAACACUUCCUUCUUGUCAGAAUAUGUGAAACUUUCAUCUUGUCAAUGAUUUUACAUAGGGGUGGCAGGCACCCGCAGUACAGUACCUUGUCAAUGACAUCCUUCUCAGAGAAGCUAUGCUUAUAAGGAAUGUAAGGCUAAGCCUAGGAAAUAUCCCAUGUAACCCCAUAUGAGAUGCAUUCAAGAAAUAAAGGUGGAAUAUUGCUUCCCAAUUCAGCAAAGGUCUUGAAGUGGCUUUAGGUUUCAAUGUUGUACAGGUUGACACAUGAUUGUGCUUUCAUUGUCAUCAUAAGAUGCGGCUUCUAUAUGUACCUGGCAAAGAUAGUCGUGAUGAGCACCAUGCAACAAGAGCUGACGGAGAUAUAACUUUCUUCAUGUAGGGUCUGCAGCAUACGUAGAACGUUAAUUUCAGUAACCUAGUGAUGGUAAUUUUCCUUGUUUUGUCGAGUCAUUCGAACACUGACUGACAUUGGGACUGUU